AUGGGUGCCGCUUCGAGCACCGAGGCAGAAAGGGAACCGCUUCUUGUUCCUGCGCCCAUUGGGACGACAAACAGCCAGCCAGUCAACAGUCGGGUGUAUGGCAGAAGAUGGCUGGUUCUGACCCAGUUUUCCUUGCUGGCUCUAAUGCAGGGGAUGGUUUGGAACUUCUGGGGCCCUAUUCAAAACUCGGCUAUUAAAGCUUACGGCUUCACUAAGUCUGACAUUGCAGUUCUGGUGCUGUGGGGCCCGGUGGGUUUCUUCCCAUGGUUGCUGUUUAUGUGGCUAAUGGACAAAAGGGGCUUACGGGCUUCCCUCCUGCUCUCUGCCUUCUUCAUGCUGCUAGGAUCAGUCAUGCGAAGCAUCCCGCUGACCGACCUGCACCUCAGACGAUGGUUAAUACAUGGAGGCCAGUUUCUAAACGGUUUGGCUGGGCCGACUAUAAUGAGUGCCGGACCCUUCCUCUCCACCACAUGGUUCGCCCCCGAUCAGAGAGCAACGGCCACCGCCGUGGCCUCGCUAUUCUCCUACCUAGGAGGCGCCGCUUCCUUCAUCGUGGGACCUCUCAUCGUUCCUGCUCCCAACGACUCCCAGACGAGCACCACGACUGCAGCGCCGCUGUCCUUCACAUUCAUCCGAAGCAGGAUACAGAUGGUGCUGUAUGCAGAACUGGCAGUCAUCGCGGCGCUUUUUGCGACCGUCCUGAUCUACUUCCCAUCGCGCCCGCCAAUGCCCCCCAGCGUGGCCGCGGCAAGCCAGAGACUCAGUUACAGGAGCAGCAUCUGCAGACUCCUCAGCAACUUCCGGUUCCUGAUGAUUGCAUUGGCAUAUGCAGUCCCUACAGGAGUGAUCGCUGGCUGGUCUGGGGUCCUGGACAUGGUUCUUACACCAGCCAACGUCAGCCAGGUGGAUGCAGGCUGGAUAGGUUUUUGGUCUAUUGUCGGCGGAUGUGUGGUUGGAGUAGCAAUGGCCAGAUUUGCAGACUCCAUCCGUGGGAUGCUGAAGCUGAUCCUGGUGCUGAUGCUGGCCGGAGCCUCGCUGUCCUCCACGUGGUUUACUCUCACCUGUUUGAGCACAAUCACCCACCUCCCUGUCACCGCAGCCAUCCUUUACACGUCCUGCAUCCUGGUUGGCGUAUUCAUCAACAGCAGUGUGCCGAUAUUCUUCGAGCUGUUCAUUGAGACUGUGUACCCGGUCCCUGAAGGCAUCACCUGUGGAGUCGUCACAUUCCUAGGGAACUUGGCUGCUGGUCUUCUGCUCUUCUUCCUCACCUUUUACCCCACAAAUUUGUCGUGGCUGAACUGGUGCGUAACCGGCUCGUGCCUCUUCAGCCUCGUCACCGUCCUCUUCUUCAGGGAGUCCUACGACCGUCUCUACCUGGACGUCUUUGUCUCCGUGUGACACUGAUUAAGAAAAGGUCGAGGCCACUUAAAUACCCGCUCUUGCACAGUGAAGAGGACUAAAGGGACAUGAAGAGCAAGUUGGGAAGCUUAUGCUCUUUGUAAGCUGUAAUGUUUUAGGACAUAAAUGUGUAUAUAUGUGGUGAGGGUGAUAUCUGACCAUAGGGAACCAUCUCUGUUUACACCUUAGAAGUAGUUAACUCGAGGUUCUAUGAUGGUUGACCUGUUUUUAAUGGUUCCUCUGUUUGUACGUCAGUUAAAAUCCUGUGAAUGAUUUCUCCCUCUGAGGUAGACCCGCAUAGAUGAACCGUUUGCUGUUUACAUGUAGUUUAAUAUAGAAAGGCACUUCCCUGGAAGCUUCCACGUGUCUCAUCUCUAAAGUAACCGGACUCUGCUUCAAGUUUACCAAAGGGACGUCAAACUGAAUCCAAUUUUAACACAAAGCACCUGUCCUUCACAAAGAGGUAAGGGACAAUGAUGGACUAGUUUCCUCAGCCAAUGAGCUGGCCCAGCUGUCUGGAGCUAUCAACUUUGACGGCCCGUCUGGCCCUACAGCGUUAAGCGACCUGUGAUAUCGCCUGUCACUAAAAGGCAGCCUCUUGCAUUGUGUUUUAUCACCCUAUUAAAAUUAAUAUUAUGCAAAAAAAGAUCCAUCAGAUAAGGACUGGAUGCCAGCCAAAGACGUGAACUGUGACCGGACACACCUGCGCUUUCAGUUGGAUGAAAUCUUGGUGGUUUUAUUCAGCACCAUUUAGGACUAAUUAUCUGUGAAAUUUCAUUUUAAUUGAACAUUAAUUUUUUUGUACAGUUUUUUGUUUUAUUAUUCACAUUUGUUGCUAAAGAGGUGUUCUGGUAUUUAUUGAAAAUAAGAUGCUUCGACACUAACAAGCUAACAACCACAAACAAGACAUUUGAUGUUAGAUUUUUUUUUUUAUAUAUAUAUAUAUACUAACGUGUGAACAUUUGGUUCCAUCCUCCUCUUUCAAAGCACCAGCAGCUUCCUUUGCAACAACUAAUAGGUUCAUAGAAAAAGGAGGCAAAGCAGAUUUUCUUAUGGACUUCUAACAAAAAGCAUCUCCGGAUCAAUAAAGCAGAUCUCCACUGCAGAGGAAAUGAGAAGUUAUAGUUUUUUGGGUUUUUCUCCAGUAGCUGCAGGAAGCAUUAUUUUUAUGUUUUCCCUCUGGAGAUAAAGAGAGGCGUGUAAUUUAUCCCUGGUGCUGUUUUUUUUAUUUUUCCUCUCUCGUCUUGUAAAGAAAAGGUUCUCUUUUACCCACAAAUGUGUUGCCUUAACAACCCAGUACCCCCCUCCCCAUCCCAUCGUCCACGCUGUGAAUAUUUUAUCUCUGGACUAUGUCAGCGGUCAUCUUCUGCUUCUGUUACUACACCUAAGUUACACUGUGGAGUGUCCUGGGUUUCCUUAUCACUUUGAGUUUUGUGGGAUAAAACAAACUGCUUUCACAAAUGUCUGGCACCUUAAUAAAAGGAUCCUUUUACAAAAUAGAGCACAUCUUCUGUUCUUAUUGUGAAAAAGAAAGAUAACGAGGGCUGAUGAAAAAGUAUUUAUGUCUGAAUCGCUUUUAGAAAUAUUCACAACCCCUGAUUUUUGUCACAUUAUAGGCAGAAACUUAAGUUUGAUUGUAUAAGGACGGUUGUGCUUUGUAUGAAACAUGAUUGGCAGUUUUAAAAUUCCAUUUUUUUUUAUCCUCCAAUAUGAUCCAGUCACAGCAGCUACCUUUAGAAUACAUUGAAUUUGUAAAAUUCGACAUGUGUGUGAUUUUAUCUCGUACAUAAAUCCCGUUGGUCUCUAAAGUGCACAUAUAUUAAUGUGACGGCAUUGGUGAAACAAAAAGCAUAAUGAGCCCUGAGGAACACUGCAGUAAAUAAAUUUAUGGAGGGGUUAGGUUGCAAAAUAACUUCUUAAGCUUCAAACUGCUUCCAGAUUCCAAACAAAGAAAAAUUACAGACAACUAUGGACCUAUUGGGAAAUAACUUUUGGUUAAAGAAGCAAUGAAGAGAUGCAUACUAACUCUGUUGGAGCUGAGGGGAAGAAUUUGUCAGAAGAGCUGAUUAUUCAUGCAGUGCAUAAAUCUGGACUUCACGGAUGAAAAGUCAGAUGCGUUGUGUUGGAGAAACGACCCGCCGUAACACGCCAUCCCCACAUGAAGACCGGUGGCUGCAGCAGCAUGUUAUGGGAAACAUAUAGUCAGAAUGUGUAAUAAAUACUCACAUGAGUAGUUUUAUUUAAAACGCACACAUGAAAACUACUCUCCAUGUGCAUUUUAAAUCAUUUAAUAACAUGGGCAGACUAUAUAUCACAGGCAUGAGUGCAUGCUGCUCCUCUGCUCUUGUGACUUGCUUUGUAUGCACCGAAAAAGGCAGAUGAGCUGAGAAAAGGGGCAUGUUCCCAUGCUUGUAACACAGACGUGCACAGAUAGACACUAGUUGGUGCUAGAGAACCUGUCUUUUUCCCCUCUUGAAAAAAA